AUCGUCUCACCCCCCACUAAUUUCCGAUGACAAACGUUAACCGUUGGUUAAGACUGUAAAUAAAAAGCUCCAUCUGAGCCGAGAGAAACCAUUUUUAUCACGAACAUGGUCGCUGUAUACGCUUUGUUCACGCACCCUUUUCCCUCUUCUUCUUCUGAUUCUCUCUUUUCAUUCCCACCAUCUCCUCAGCCCACUGCUUAUUUCUCACCACUUUCACUUGUUUCAACCUUCCGUAACCAUGAAUGGUUUUCUCUGUUAAAGUUCACUAGAACCCCGAGAGCUGAACCAAAACCAUUGUUAACCCAAGUGGGUCUGCGACCCGAUCAACGAAUUCUUAUCCAAUGCCGUUACAUCAGCUCCGCCACCAAUGCUCUUGCCGAAAUAGGGAUGCUCUUCUCAUUCUUUCAAGAAAUUGGGAUCGGCGAGGAAGAAGCCCAAAUGGUUUUGGACAAAAACCCGGCACUCACGUCGACAUCUUUGGAUUUACUGCGUACUCGGAUUCUUUCCUUCCGCUCGGUUGGAGUUGAUGGCCUUGAGCUUUCUCGCUUGAUUACCAAAUGUCCAAGUCUAUUAACAGCUGAGGAAAUUGAUGCUUUCCUACAUUUUGUGCGCCAUGAUUUUGAAGGAAAGAUUGAGCCGCCGCAGCUAAAGCGCCUUUUCGGUACAACAGAAGCAAGAUUCUUGGUGGGUUUUGAUAAAAAAGUCAGAUUGCUUCUUCACCGAGGAGUUCCUCGUGAGAAGAUUUUUGAUGUUCUCAACAAGCUUAAUUUGUAUAAGGCAUUGUGCCUCAAGUCAGUUGAAGAAAUUGAAAGGACCAUCACAUUCUUGAGCCGCUUUGGUGGAGUCGACUUGAUUGUGAGGCGUCCCACACUUCUCAAUUAUGAUCUGGACACCCAGCUGGUUCCAAGAGUUGGGUUUCUCACAGAGCUUAGCGGCGGAGAUGAGGAUGCCACAGGAACUUUGUUGGGUAAGCUCCCUGCAAUUUUGAGUUACACCGUGGAUCACACGAAAGGCCAUGUAGAGCUAUUGAGGUCGUUGGCCGGCCUAACGGAUGAGCAAAUAUUCAAGUUUUUGCUUGUUUUCCCCAAUGUGGUGAGCGCCAGCAGGGAGAGGAAAUUGCGUCCGAGAAUUCAUUUUCUCAAGCAAUGUGGGUUGAGCUCAAAUGAUAUCUACAAGUUCUUGAUUAAAGCACCCUUGUUUCUAGGCUUGUCAUUUGAAGACAACCUUGCAUAUAAACUUGCCUUUUUGGUGAAGAUUGGGUACAAAUAUAGAACCAAGGACAUGGCUGCAGCAAUGGGAUCCGCCACCAGGACAAGCUGUGAUAAUUUGCAAAAGGUAAUUGGGUUGUUCUUGAGUCAUGGACUUUCGUGCGGUGACAUUGUUAUUAUGAGCACGAAGCAUCCACAGAUACUGCAAUACAGUCAUAGUGCUAUAGAGAAGAAGAUGGAGUACUUGAUAAACGAGAUUGGUCGUGAAGUUGGAGAGUUAUUGAACUUUCCGGCAUUCCUUGGUUACAAACUUGAUGACAGAAUCAAAGCCAGGUAUGAACUAAGGAAGAAGGUUUUAGGGGAAGGAAUGUCACUGAAUAAACUCUUAACUGUUUCGUCCGAGAGAUUUUCAACAAAGAAGCCAGCAUAUGUUGUUGAGAAUGAGAAUCUCAACGAGGAAAUGAAAGUUUUGUCGGAUAAAUAAUGUACCUUCUGUACCCUUCCAAGAACAAAACCACUUCGACGUUUUGAAAAAAGAACGAGUCGACACCUUUUGACAGGUUAUAUAUUAAAUCUUUUCCAUAUCUGUAUCAGUUUUUCUUUCGCUCUUUCUCGUUCAUCCUUUUUCGCAUUGAUGUUAUGUUAAAUCUCAAUUAGCAUUAGGCAACUGCGAAGGAAGAGAUAACUGUAUAUGUAAUGAAAGUAAAAUAUGUACUAUCA